GGGAGCUGAGCCACAGCCAUGGCCACUACAGUGGCAGCAGUUGGACUGACCACUGCUGCCACAGGAUUUGCAGACAGUUAUGUUUCCCAAAGUCUACCAAAAUUUGCUUUCAGUGGUGGCUAUUACAGAGGUGGAUUUGAAAACAAAAUAACAAAACAUGAAGCAGUAUUAAUUCUAGGCAUAAGCCCUAUUGCCAAUAAAGGAAAAGUAAGAGAUGCUCAUCUACAAAUUAUGCUUUUAAAUCACCCAGAUAAGGGAGAAUCUCCUUAUAUAGCAGUCAAAAUCAAUGACACUAGCAGGUUUACUAGAAGGUCAAGCUAA